UUGCCAAUUUUCCUCAUGAACCCCGCCUGGGUGUCCACCUGGCACUCCCACGGCCACGUCUCUUCCUCCCAGAGCAGCCUCACCCGGAGGCCUGGGCAUCAGAGAAAGCUCCAGGAGAGCUCAGUCCUGUGUGCUGCCUCCCCAACCCCAGGCGUGGAAGUGGAUGCGAGGUUUCCUUCUGGUAAGAACCAGAGGUUCCUAGAGGUUCUGCAAAGACUUGAAGAAAUUGACAAACCCAGAUGGCUACCCCUAACAGAAGAGUGGUCUCUAGACCCUGGAAACCUGGCCAGGGUCUGAAGGAGAGGGGGGUCCGCCUGCGUCUCCUGGACAACCUGGAGCAUCAGGAGACCCGGGAGCUUGCGCCAGGAGAGCUGGCCAUGCUGAGCAAGGCACAGGAAUUCUUUGAGACCUGUGACACAGAAGGCAAGGGCUUCAUCGCCAGGAAGGAUAUGCAGAGGCUCCAUGAGGAGUUACCACUUAGCCUGGAGGAACUAGAGGAUGUGUUUGAUGCCCUGGAUGCUGAUGGCAAUGGCUUUCUGACGCCAGAGGAGUUCACCACUGGAUUUAGUCGCUUCUUCUUCAGCCUGAAUAAGCCAGGUCAGGAAGAUGCAGGUGAACAGGUGGAAAGGCUCCAUGAAGAGAAGGUGUAUCAGUCCCGAGGGGAAGAGCAUGCGGGCAACAUGGAUGAAGAUGAAGAGACCCAGUUCCAAACACUGAUGGACAAACUUGGAGGCCAGAAGGUUUCCGAGGAUGAAAGCGAUAUCAAGCAAGUCUGGCUGCAGCUGAAGAAGGAUGAGCCUCACUUACUGUCCAGCUUCGAGGACUUCCUGACCAGGACCUUCUCUCAGCUCCAGGAAGCUCAUGAGGAGAAGAAUGAACUGGAGUGCGCCCUGAAAAAGAAAACUGCUGCGUAUGAUGAAGAAAUCCAGCAUCUCUACGAGGAGAUGGAACAACAAAUCAAACAUGAGAAGGAACAGUUUCUCCUGAAAGACAUGGAGAGGUUUCAGGCCCGCAGUCAGGAGCUGGAGCAGAAGCUGUUAUCCAAGGAGCAGGAGCUGGAGCAGCUCGUCCAGAAGCAGAAGCAGCUGGAAGGCCAGUGCACCACCCUGCAAAAUGAUGAGCAUGAGACCAAGGCCGAGAACACCAAGCUGAAAGUCACGAACCAGGAGCUGGCCCAGGAGCUGGAGCGGACCUCCCGGGAGCUGCAGGACGCCCGGGAGCAGUUGGAGAGCCUCCAGCGAGAGGCCCACCAACUCCAGCAGGAGAAGGAGAUGGAAGUGUACCGCGUGACGGAGAGUCUGCAGCGCGAGAAGUCAGGGCUCCUGAAGCAACUGGAUCUCCUGAGGGAAAGGAACAAGCACCUUCGAGAUGAACGGGACAUAUGUUUUCAGAAAGAUAAGGCAGCCAAGGCAAACACAGCUGCUUCCAAGGCAAACUGGAAACAGAGAUCUGGCUCUGUGAUAGGCAAAUAUAUGGACGGCAGAGGGAUUCUUAGGAGCCAGUCAGAGGAGGAAGACGAUGUGUUUGGCUUCUCAAGAAGGAGAAGCUCCCUGGGCCUGAGUGGAUAUCCCCUUCCAGAAGAGGAGCCAGGCCCUGGGGGUCCGCUCCCCCGAGCACUUCGCAGAAUCAUCUCUAUUGAAGAAGACCCCCUGCCCCAGCUCCUGGAUGGUGACUUUGAGCAGCCACUGAGCAAAUGCCCAGAAGAGGAAGAGGUCUCCCAGCAGAGGGCGGAAGGACAAAGCCAACAGGCCAGACCUUUGGAACUCAUGCCUACAUCUCCCCGAGGUCAGCCUGUUGGAAAAGAAGACCUGUCUAAGGAGGAAGCCUGUCCCUCCAUCCCAGACCGGCUCUUUAAAAUUGUGUUAGUGGGCAACUCGGCCGUGGGGAAGACAUCCUUCCUGAGGAGGUUCUGCGAAGACCACUUUGCCCCGGGCCUGGCAGCCACUGUGGGCAUCGAUUAUCAAGUGAAGAUGGUGCACGUGGAUGGCUCAUAUGUGGCCCUGCAGCUGUGGGACACGGCCGGGCAGGAGAGGUAUCGCUGUAUCACCCAGCAGUUCUUCAGGAAGGCUGAUGGCGUCAUCAUCAUGUACGAUCUCACAGCCAGACAGUCGUUCCUGUCGGUCCAGCAGUGGCUGAGCAGCGUGGAGGAAGCCGUGGGAGACCGCAUUCCUGUUCUUCUGUUGGCCAAUAAAAUUGACAAUGAGAAAGAGCGGGAAGUUCCCCAAGGCCUUGGGGAGAAGCUUGCCAAGGAGAACAAUCUGAUCUUCUAUGAAUGCAGUGCCUAUUCUGGUCACAACACCAAAGAGUCCCUGCUCCAUCUAGCCAGGAUCCUCAAGAAACAAGAAGAUACAGCGAGGAAGGACACCAUACAGGUUGACCGCCCCGCCAAAAAGAAAUCCUGUUGUGGCUGAUAGGAGUCCUCCUAGGACUGUUCCACCCCCACGCCUGGGGUCAUGGGACCCACCCUGAAUCCUGCACAGGGGCUCCCACUUGGAUGCCUGCACCUUAACCUGCCCAAACCUUUGUCAUUGUCUGUGACUUGCCUCCACCAACAGGAAGGGAAGCACAUCUAG